UUGCGCCGCCAGGGACGCAUCGACGCGUCGCGCACGCUCGUCGUGCCGCUUCCCGACGAUGACCUGGCCGAUCUCUUGGGCGUCGUGCCCGAGGCGACGACUUUUAUUGAAACGGCGCUCGCGAGCGCGAGCUCGAGCGUCGUCGCCGUGCACUGUCACGCGGGCGAGUCGCGCUCGGCAGCCGUCGUCGCGGCGUAUUUAAUGCGCUUUGAACAAUUAGAAAUAGAACAGGCGAUGGCGAGCGUGGAAGCGCGCGGGGGGGCACCUAACGAGGGAUUUCAGGCGCAGUUGUCGUUGUGGGCGCAAAUGGGGUGUCGCGUGUCGACGGCGAACGAGGCGUAUAAAUUGUGGUCCGUGGCGAAAGUCGCGCGCGAACGCGACGAGCGCGGGUACUUGGAAUCGACGAGCGUGAUGCGUGACCCCGGAGCGGCGGAUGCGGUGGACGAUCCCGAGGGAGGCGGUUGGCUCGCGUGUCGCAAAUGUCGACGCCGGCUGGCGCGGUCGACGCACGUGUUGUGUCACGAACACGGCGAAGGCAUCGACGCGUUUAGUUGGAAAGCACGACGUAAGGAAGGCUCAAAAGGCAUAAAUAGAGAUUGUGCGGGUGCGAGGCAGUGCUCGUCGAUGUUUCUCACGCCAUUGAGCUGGAUGAAAGGCAUCGAAGAUGGCGACGGCGGCGAGACGCGCGGGAAAUUGUGCUGCCCGCAAUGCGAGACGAAAAUCGGCGCGUUUGACUGGGCGGGGAUUCAGUGCUCGUGCGGCGCGUGGGUGUCGCCGGCGUUUCAGAUUCAGCGCGCGAAGACGGACGCGUUUGGGAUGUAG